AUGAGUAGUCAAGGCUCUUCUCAUCCUUAUUAUCCUUUGGAUGCGCAUAUUAAGCAAUAUGCUCCCAAUGAGACUUCUAUCCAACUCCUUCUCGCUACCUCCAGUAUCGCAACCUCAGUCAUUCUAGGAGGGACUUUGACUUGGGUCAGCUUCUUACGACCAAGUCUGCCAAAGGCAGACCGGUUUGCUAUUCUGUGGUUUGUUCUCUCUGGGACAAUACAUUGCAUUUUUGAAGGCUACUUCAUAAUCCACCAUGACCACGUGGCUUCUGCGCAGGACUUCCUCGGUCAGUUGUGGAAGGAAUAUUCGCUAUCUGACUCGAGAUAUAUGACUUCGGACACGUUGGUUCUGUGCCUGGAGACGAUGACAGUGCUCAUCUGGGGCCCUCUGUGCUUCUUCGUAGCAUACCUAAUCCUCAACCAACAUUCACUCCGUCAUCCACUGCAGCUGAUUGUCUGCAUGAGCCAUCUGUACGGCGAUACAUUGUACUAUGCCACGAGCUUAUACGAUCACUUUGCCCAUGGACGGUCUUACUGCCGACCUGAAGCGUACUACUUUUGGAUCUACUACUUUCUCAUGAACUUCAUUUGGAUUGUUAUCCCCUUCUAUUAUCUUUCUCAGAGUAUCAAGGUGAUCUCCAGUGCCUUCAAAGCUUUGCAGCGAAUGUCUGCAGAUAAAAAGGCUCGAUAA